AUGGCUCCUAGGAGAGCGACGGGGGCAUCGAUUGAAGAGGUCAAAGAGGCGGUGUUGGCAGCAUUGAGAGAGGGGUCAGUUGCACACAAGGGGGAGGUGAAUGAGCUGCGCCGAAUGCUGACUGUUUUAAAGAAGGAGAACAAGGUGACUGCUGCUGUGAUGGAGGAGAGGGAGAGACAGCUGGAAGCAGUGAAAGGGGAGUUGGCAUCGGUGAAAGGGCAGUUGGCAUCGGUGAAGGGAGAGCUGGGAGUGGUGAAGAGGGAGAUGGCUGAACACAAGGUCGCCAUGGCAGACAAAUUGGCUGAGAGUGGUAGGGCAUUGGGUGUGAAGGGGCUGAAUGGGAAGAGGAAAAAGAGAAGGCAAGCAGGGACAGAGGAGUGUGCACCGGAGGAGGAGAGGGGGAGGGAGGUGCAGGGGGUGGAUCGACCACGUGCCAUGGAGGAGGAGAGGGGGAGGGAGAUGCAGGGGGUGGAUCGACCACGUGCCAUGGAGGAGGAGAGGGGGAGGGAGAUGCAGGGGGUGGAUCGACCACGUGCCAUGGAGGAGGAGAGGGGGAGGGAGAUGCAGGGGGUGGAUCGACCAAGAGCCAUGGUGGAGGAGAGGGGGAGGGAGGUGCAGGGGGUGGAUCGACCACGUGCCAUGGAGGAACUGGCGGCUUUCGCCCUCCCUCCACGCCAUGCCACCAUGGGGAGGUGGCUGGUAGAAGCAGCUGAGAAGAGAGAGGAGGGAAGGUGGGGUUGGCGGAGUGCAUGCAGCGUCCCUCUGCUGCCACCUUCAACUACCCAUAAAGGAGGAGGGGGGGAGAGGGGAGGGAACAAAUAG